UGCCCCACAUCAAGGGUUGAAGAAUCAUUACUACUUCAACAAGCUAGAAUCUGUAUAGCUAGUUACGUAACAGCGCCAUCUAGCAGCAGUAGAAAUCCACUGCAACCUAUGUUUCUUACAUUUGUAUAAAUAAAGUUCUUAAUUAUGCAACUACAGUGCAUUGUGGGUGGCUAGUGCAUUCUGGGAAGGAGAAGGGAGACACCAUACUGUUUACAGCACAUUUGCAUAGCUGUCCUAGCAUUCCUGCUUCUUAAAUCUCCACUACCCCACAGCCAGCAUAUCUGUUUUACCACAUGAACAUGCAUCGACACACAUACAUCGAUGCUCCUGUUUACUAAUUGCAACUGACCACUUACAGUCAAACAACCUGUUAUCAAUAAACAAGUUAGAUUACAAGACGGUCUGCUUAUUUGGAAGACAGGGAUGGUUAAGCUGAAUGUUGGAUUGCACACUGUGAGAACGUGUAUGAAGGCAGAACAGUAAAACAGAUGCUGGUCAGCAACGAUAGUGGAUGUGAUCAAACGGAGCUGCCAUCACACACGCGGUUCUGCGUAUACGAUUGCAGCGUCUGCCACACGGUCAGUGACAAGAAGUGAGAGUGCAGCUCAACACGAUCCAGACCACGCUGAAGCCCGGUCCUAUAUAGACUGAGUCCACAAAGAGACAUUAAGCGGCCGGCAGAACGGGCACAAUGUCUGUUAGCCGAGCAUCAUCAUACAAAACCAGAUCACGAGCAAGCUGCUCUAGCAAAUCCUCCAUAAAAGAAAUGGCUGCUCUCGCACGUGCAGAAGCUGAAGCUGCAAAAGUAAAGUCUUCCUUCGCUGCACAAGAGAUGCAACUAAAGAAAGAGAGGGCAUCAUUAGAAAAGGAACGAGUAGAUCUGCAAGCGUCGCUAGAAAGACUAGCCGCAGAGAAGGAAGCGGCAGCCGCAAUAGCCAAAGCAGAAUACCUGGAAGCCCUGGAGUUUUCCGGAUCUGAGAAACACAGCCGAGUACUUGGGCCAGACCUAGAUGAACAAGAUCCAGCCCAGCGUGUCUCAGAAUACGUCCACCAACACCCCAAGACAGAGGGCAACUAUGAGCCAGGACAUCAGCCAGCUUAUAAAGAGUGCCAAAGAUCUUACCUUGAACCACAGUACCUUAGACAGGACGAUAUGCGACCAAACGAUGCUGACAACUACCGCCCUAUGGAGCAGAGACUACAACCUUUGCCCAAAAUUAAAGGGACACCUUUUGCAUCAGAACGGCAUUAUACUGACUGCUCUAAGCCAGAAGCUCUUAAAAGGCAUGGUAAUACACCACACGUGCAGCAUAACAGCACACCGGAUUUUACUAAUGCUAACUGGGCCAUCAUGGACUUUGCUAAGUUCUUUGCUAAACGGGAGCUGGUUACCAAGGGACUUGCAAAGUUCACCGAUCAGGCCGAGAACUACAGGUCAUGGCGAGCCUCCUUCCAAAAUGCCAUAAGAGACUUAGACCUUUCCCAUCAGGAAGAGUUAGACCUCCUGGUAAAGUGGCUUGGAAGCGAGUCCGUUGAACACGCCAAAAGAAUCAGAGACAUUAACAUAAACUAUCCUGACAGAGGCCUAAAGAUGGUGUGGGAAAGACUUGAUGAGUGUUACGGGUCCAUAGAAGCCAUUGAAAAUGCUUUGUUCAAAAGGAUUGAUAACUUUCCCAGAAUAGUGGGUAGGGGUUACCAGAAGCUCAGAGAGCUCAGUGACUUGUUAAGAGAGGUACAGGUUGCUCAAGAAGAAGGAGAUCUACCAGGGCUAGCUUUCCUAGACACUGCCAGAGGGGUCAAUCCUAUUGUUCAAAAACUCCCUUAUAACCUACAAGAGAAGUGGGUCACACAUGGUUCUACUUAUAAACGGGUUCAUAAUGUACCAUUUCCCCCCUUCGAGGUGUUUGUAAACUUUGUCAGUGAACAGGCAAGAAUCAGAAAUGAUCCCAGUUUUGAUCUCACAAUGUCAUGCCCCACUACCCCUGAUGUCAGACCUCAUAAAACACCAGUGGCAGUCCAUAAAACUAACAUUGCCUCCACAGGUUCUCCAUACAAGCCGUCUAAGUCUUCUCAAGAAGGGAACGGACACAGAGAUCUUAACAAAGAAUGCCCCCUGCACAAGAAACCACAUUCUUUACUAAAAUGCAGAGCCUUCAGAGAAAAGACUUUAGAAGACCGCAAACAGUUCCUCAAAGACAACAACAUCUGCUUCAGGUGCUGCACUACAACAUCACACUUUGCCAGGAACUGUGAGGUCAGUGUGUCAUGCUCAGAAUGUGGUAGUACAGAACACAAUAUGGCUUUACACCCUGGGCCACCCUCUCAGGCAGUACACCAAACAGAGGAUCAUGAAAAGAAGCAGAUAGACACUGACAAAACCAACACAGUAGUCACUUCUCAGUGUACCGAGAUCUGUAAAGGAGUGGUAGGAGGAAAGUCCUGCUCGAAAAUCUGCCUUGUCAGAGUUUACCCGGCCAGUCACAGAGAUAAGGCGAUCAAGGCAUACGCAAUCUUAGACGAUCAAAGCAACCGGUCUUUAGCAAAAUCCACCUUUUUUGACACCUUCAACAUCACAGGACCCGGUUCUCCCUACUCCUUAAGGACAUGUGCAGGUACAGUGGAGACGGCGGGGAGGAAGGCAACGGGAUACAAGGUAGAGUCCAUAGAUGGGCAGACCUGCUUGUCACUGCCAACCAUACUGGAGUGCAACCAAAUUCCUGACAACCGUUCUGAGAUACCUACACCAGAAGUAGCAGCAUACCACCCCCACCUGAAGCGUAUAGCUCACCAGAUACCAGAACUGGAUCCAGAAGCACCAAUAGCCUUACUCCUAGGAAGAGACAUACUACGUGUUCACAAGGCUAGAGGACAGAUUAACGGUUCCCAAAACGCUCCAUACGCCCAGAGACUUGACCUAGGGUGGGUCAUCAUAGGAGAUGUCUGUCUAGGUGGAGCACACAAGCCGAUCUCUGUCAACAGCAUGCUCACCAACACACUUGAAAGUAGACGUCCUUCCUUAUUCCAACCAUGUCAGAACAGUUUCCUGAUAAAAGAAAUGCCACAUAGAGAUCCUGUCCCUUGUCCCUUCAUGGAUCCUUCCAGCGAAGACCAUGCCUGCGAUGGUGAACGAGAUCACUUAGGGUGUACAGUUUUCCAUAGGUCAAGAGAAGACAACAAGGUCGCAAUGUCCAUAGAAGACAGACUGUUCUUGGAGAUCAUGGAUCAAGGAAUGACAAAGGACAAUUCAAAAAGCUGGGUCGCGCCUUUACCAUUUAGACCCAGAGACAACGCUUACCUGACAACAAAGAACUUGUCUAUAACAGAUUUAUCUCCCUCAAGCACAAACUUCAGAAGACACCAGAGAUGA